GAAGACGUCAUCAAGUUUGCCUCUCUGAGCGGUCGCUCCAUUCGAUCACGGAGAAAAACUCGGCUUCGAACGUCUCUCCUCGUUAAGGUCGGUGAGUUCGUCGCAAAAAUGAUGCACAGCGUGCUAGCCGUGGUUCUCGUAUUCGUCGGUGUUUACGCCCUGGACACCGUGACUACGAAACCACCGGAGACAGCCGAGGCCCCACCCCCGUUCCCCGGUCCGCUGCCCAUAAUCGAAGUCAAGGACGUCGGAGUCAUCGGCGGAAAAUGCUCGUACGGUGGGCUGAUGCUGGAACCGACCACGUUGAACCUGAUGAAAGAGCCCUGUGAGGCCUGGACAUGCGACGCCGAAAACUUCACGCUUACCAUUCAAAGAUGCGGGGAUUUUCGAGUCCCUGAAAACUGCGAACUCGAGGCAGCGCUUGAAGCAUUUCCAAGCUGCUGUCCAAUACUCAUCUGUGGAGGUAUUUGAGCCCGGAAGCAUUGGCUAAAACGAGCGCAAUUGGUUCACUAAGGCUGUGAAUGGAACUACGAAUAGAUAAAAAAUAAACGUGACCGUUUACAGCAUUUCCAUUGAGUAAUCAUAUUCUUUCCGCUUUCUAUGUACUUUGCGUUUGAGUAAAACUGCCAAGCGGAAGGUUUUUCAUCAGUGCUGGUGGCCGAGCCAACCUUCUCAGGAGUCAACCUGUCUGCUUGUGGCUG